AUGAGCGGAUUCAUUGAUCCUCAAAGUAAAAUGACAAUAGGAGCAGCUGAUACUUUUGACCUCUUCUUUGCACAUUUCGUAGAGCGUGAUGAAGAAAUCAAAAGAUUGAACGAAGAAAACAAAAGUUUAAAAGAACAAAUUGAUAAAUUAAAUAAAGAAAAUACUAGAUUACUGUGUAACAACAGUGAUAACAAGACAUUGGAUAAUCUAGAUGAUAAUAAACUAAGAUUAGUUGAAGCAAUAUUAAAAAGUGUCGAUGAACACUUCUUAGAAGAGAAUAAUACGCAUUCAUAUAAUUGGUCUUCAAGUGCUGCUUCCACAUCCAAUUCAAACAAUAAUAAUAUUUCGUCAUCAUCAGAAGAUGAGAGCACCGGAACCAAUUCAUCAAUAUCUAGUAAUAAUACUACUUUAUAUCAGCCCCACCAUAUACCAUUCGAAGUUGAAAGUAAUAUAAGUAAUAUUAUUACAAACGAAACCUCAACACUUAAUAAUAAUAAUAACUAUAACAACAACAACCAUAACAACAAUAACAAUAAUGAUCAGUAUACUGUCUUCAUAUCUUGGACAGGAUCAACGACAAUGGAGGAACUUCGUGGUUUAUUUGAUACCGAUGAUAUUGUUGAUGUUAGACAUACGCAGGGUAAACAAUUCGCACAUGUCGAUCUUAAGACUUCAGAAGCAUUACAAAAAGCCAUUGGCAAUAGAUUUUUCACUAAUCGUCAAAAUAACAAUAACAACAACAAUAAUAGAAACAAUACAAAUGGUAUUCAAACACAACAAAAAUAUAUGAGCCCUAAUAAAUUUAAUAAUAGUCCUGGAUUCCCUAAUAAUUAUCGUAACAACAACAAUGCUAAUAAUAAUAAUAAUCAUAAUUAUAAUCACGUACAUAAUGGCAUUAAUAAUCAUCACAUAAACAAUGUAUUAAUAAAUGGUAUUAAUAAUAAUAGUAAUGACCAUAAAAUUACUACUGACAAUAAUAUCACAUCAUCAUCAUCAAUACCAUCAAACAAUAUAAUAUCACCCAACUCAAAUCAACAAGAUCAUAAAAACGUUAACGUAGUGGAAUCUAAUUAA